AAAGUUGGCUUGUCUAAUAUAACACAGUUUUGAAAUGCAAACAAUAGUCUUGACAAAAUUAUAUAUCUUUCCUACGAUAAUAUGGGAAGAAUCGUAUAUUCCAUACACUCAUGUUUUUGUUUUUUAGCAUAAGAAUCUAUGCUGGCAAUCUAUGGUGGCUUAAAUCUGUGUUAUUCCAGUGUAGUAUGUAAAAUCUUCAAGAUGCAUCCAAUAACAUUUAUACAUCGUGUUACCAAUGAAAAGGAUCCAUACCGGAAGAGAGGUUCAGAGAUCGGCGACAUACAACUUAAGGCCACCUCUGAAACUUUGUCUCCAAAAAUGGUUGUGGAUUUCGUAGCCGGACUUCUGGGAGGAGCUGCGGGGGUUCUUGUUGGUCAUCCCUUCGAUACCGUGAAGGUCCACCUACAGACCGAUGAUCCUCGCAACCCCAAAUACAAAGGCACAUUCCACUGCUUCCGGACGAUAUUGCAAAAAGACAGCUUUAGAGGAUUAUACCGGGGUAUUAGCAGUCCCAUGGGAGGCAUCGGAUUGGUGAACGCCAUCGUUUUCGGGGUCUACGGAAAUGUGCAACGAUUGUCCAACGAACCCAAUUCGCUGACGUCACACUUCUUCGCUGGAUCAAUCGCGGGAGUGGCCCAGGGCUUCGUCUGUGCGCCCAUGGAGUUGGCCAAAACGAGACUCCAAUUGGCCAAUCAGAUUGACAGCGGCAUCAAGUUUACUGGACCCAUCCACUGCCUCAAAUACAUAGUAAAAACCGAGGGUAUCAAAGGUGCCUUCAAGGGAUUAACAGCCACUAUUCUAAGGGAUAUUCCAGGCUUCGCCAGCUACUUUGUGUCCUUCGAGUACCUUAUGCGUCAAGUGGAGACUCCUAGCGUUCCUUACACCCUUCUGGCCGGAGGAUGUGCUGGCAUUUCCUCCUGGCUGGCGUGCUAUCCCAUCGACGUGGUGAAGACCCACAUGCAGGCAGAUGCCAUGGGCGCGAAUGCCAAGUACAAUGGCUUCAUCGACUGUGCGAUGAAGGGCUUUAAAAACGAAGGACCCCAGUACUUCUUUCGCGGCCUAAACUCCACAUUGAUCAGGGCUUUUCCGAUGAACGCCGCCUGCUUCUUCGUGGUGUCCUGGGUCCUGGACUUCUGCAAUGCCAAGAACGGUAUGGAUUCCGUGAUGCACUCCGAUCAGCCAUUGACUCUAGUGAACCUGGACAACAAGAGCAAAGUGGAUUUGGAGACGACGGUGCCCACGGUUGAGGAAGUGGUGCGCAAAAUAAUCACGGACAAUGCCAUGUCCCAUCAGUAUGUGUCUACUCCUCAGGACGUCGUUCACAGCCACUACACGAGUAGCACGAUCAACAUUCCCAAAGAAUCUAAAGCACGUUUAGCAUCCGAUUGUAAUUUAAAAUAAAGUACAAAUUAUUUAGUACCUU